UACAUUCUUCUUCCUCAGACAAUACGCUCUCGGUACUCAUUUUCUAAGCUGCUCAAAUCCAUGCCAGUCUGUUCUGUUAACGGUUAAUCCUCAAAGUAUACAUACUGUAUUCAUCUUUUUCUUCUGUAAGCUUAUAAGUUAUACCUACAAACUAUUGAGUCUUUUUUCAUUGAUUGAAGCCAUAAAGAUCCAGUCGAAUAGCUUCAAAAUCCCAUAAACUUUGAAUCUUUAUAUCAAUGAAGAAGAAAAAAUCAAUCCCUGAAGCCAGUUUCAAUCUCUUUGAUCUUCUAUCUGUUGAGAUAGUGUUCUUGAUUAUUGAUUUUCUCAAUGAUGACCCACUUGAUAAAAAAUCAUUUUCUCUUGUUUGCAAAUCAUUCUAUUCUAUUGAAUCUCGCCAUAGGAAGACCUUGAAACCCCUUCGUUUCGAACACUUAACAAAAAUUUUGAUUCGAUACCCUUUUAUUUCACAUCUUGAUCUCUCAUUAUGCCCAAGAAUUUCAGACAGUUCUCUAGGUGUAAUAUCGGAUUAUUGUAAGGAAAUGUUGAGCUCAAUUAAUCUUUCAAGGUCAAAGUUUUUUUCCCAUGUUGGGUUAUCAAAUUUGUUGGUUAAUUGUAGGAAUUUGGUAGAAAUUGAUUUGUCUAACGCCACGGAUUUGAAGGAUUUGGCCGCGGCCUCUAUAGCCGAGGCCAAGAACUUGGAGAAAUUGUGGUUAGUUAGGUGCAAAUCUAUUACUGAUAUAGGGAUUGGGUGUAUUGCUGUGGGUUGUAGGAAGCUGAAAUUGCUUAGCUUGAAAUGGUGUUUUGGGGUUGGUGAUUUGGGGGUCGGAUUAAUUUCUGUCAAGUGCAAGGAAAUUCGCAGUUUGGAUCUAUCUUACUUGCCGAUAACAACUAAAUGCUUAUUACAAGUCCUAGAGUUGCAACACCUCAAAGAUUUGGUUCUAGAAGGGUGUUUCGGUAUAGAUGAUGACAGCCUUACUGCACUCAAACAUGGAUGCACGUCUUUGGAGACACUUGAUAUGUCGAGCUGUCAGAAUAUCAGUCACGUUGGCUUGUCUUCUCUAACAAGUGCUGCUGGAUGUUUGCGGCAACUUAGCCUAUCUUAUGGUUCUCGGGUGGAUCUUGCUCUUGGUAAUAGUUUGCAAAAACUUUCCAUGCUACAAUCCAUAAAAUUAGAUGGUUGCCAGGUUACAUCUUCAGGACUCAAAGCAAUUGGAAACUGGUGUGUAUCACUUACAGAAGUGAGCUUAAGUAAAUGCUCGGGAGUGACAGACGAAGGACUCUCCUCUCUUGUAACGAAAUGUGUAGAAUUGAGGAAACUAGAUGUCACCUGCUGCCGCACAAUAACUUAUGCUUCAGUUGCCCACAUAACGAACUCUUGUACCUCCCUCACUUCCCUCAGGAUGGAAUCUUGUACUACGGUUUCAUCUGAAGCAUUUGUUUUGAUCGGACAGCGUUGCCAGUUUCUUGAGGAGCUCGACCUUACGGAGAACAAUAUUGAUGAUGAAGGCCUAAAAUCCAUCUCGAGGUGCUCCCGACUUGCAAACCUAAAGUUGGGGAUUUGCCCAAACAUAACUGACAAGGGGCUGAUCCAUAUUGGCAUUUACUGUUCGAAACUUAAAGAAUUAGAUUUAUAUAGAUCCGCUGGAAUUACUGAUUCGAGCAUCUUGGCAAUUGCUCGUGGUUGCACUGUCAUUGAAACGAUCAACAUAGCCUAUUGUAAAAAUAUUACUGAUCAUUCUUUGGUGUCAUUGUCAAAGUGUUCGAAGUUGAACACUCUAGAAAGCAGAGGAUGCCCGCUUAUUACAUCGUCAGGUUUAACAGCUGUUGCUAUGGGAUGCAAGAAACUAACGAAAUUAGACAUAAAAAAUUGUCAACAUAUUGACGAUACCGGAAUGAUUCCUCUUGCUCACUUUUCUCAUAACCUAAGACAGAUUAAUCUGUCGUAUACCUCGGUCACAGACGUAGGCCUAUUAUCCCUUGCAAGUGUAAGCUGUCUACAGAGUAUGACCGUCCUCCACCUCGAGGGUUUGACUCCCAGUGGACUGGCAGCCGCACUAUUGGCAUGUGGAGGACUAACAAGAGUGAAGCUUCAAUCAUCAUUCAGAUUGUUUUUACCACCACCUAUUAUUGAACAUUUGGAAUCCCGCGGCUGUGUUUUCCAAUGGAGAGAUAAAGUAUUCCAGAAUGAUAUAGAUCCCAAAUCUUGGAAACUACAGUUAACGGAGGAGGAAUGAAGCAGUUUCAUGACAUGGUUUGAUCUUUCGAGUGAAGCAAAUUCAAUAAAACGACAACUGGUGCCAUAGAGAAGUGGUCAUAAAUUAGAGCCUUGACCAAUUUGAAAGAUCAUUUAAUGACCAAGGAUUUGCUUGUCCAUGGACUUGUGGGUUACGAUGAACCGAUUAUAUCUUAAAAGAGGUAUGUAAGUUGAGAGUUAGAGAUGCUUCUUUCUGUACAAUUGCCUUUGUUGGGUUUGUUAUUCAAGUUUUUGUACAAAGAAGAAUUUACGUGCUUAUAAAUACGAUUUUGCCGAGUGAUCUUUGAUGGUCGAAUGCUGCUGCUGAGAACUUCUUUUUAUUAUAUAGGUCUUUCUUUUCCAUGAAGAUUGUAUUUUUCUUAUGCUGUUUUUGAGCAAAAACAGUAAUGGAUAAUCUCAAGUUGCACUAAAAACCCUUGACCCUAUUCUCAA